AUGCAUUGGGUUGUUGGUACCUGGUUAAUCACAUCUCUUCUUGGCCUUGGAAUGGGGAACACAUUAUUUGAAGGAUAUGACCGGACUCUGUCAGGUUAUCAUCUUUGUAAUAUGACUGAGUCUGUGUCAGAGACCCAUUUGAUCUCUUAUCCAACCUCGUACACCCAGAAGAAACCGUGUGGUGGCUGGCUGCCAUGGACAAUGUGUGAUGUCACAGUUUAUAAGACAGAAUACCGAACACAGGUGUAUGACAUGUCCAAACAGGUCAUGAAAUGCUGUCAUGGCUAUGAACAAGUUGGGACUUACUGUGCCUUGUCCGUGGACAGAAGUGCAGAAUUCACAUCCAAGCCAGGACGGUGUCCCACAACAAGAGCAACAGGAUCUCUGUAUAAUAAUUCAAACUCCUCUGGCUCUGUGUGCAACUGGGACAUUGAUUGUCCUCAGUGGCAAAAAUGCUGCCUGAUCGAAAACACCUCCAUCUCUCAGUGCUCAGACCCCAUGCCAUCAGUCAACAGAACCUGGUGCUUCAAUGUGACAAUAACAGUUAAGACAACCUAUGAGCUACUUACCAUGAACAAAGGACUUUUCAACCACUCCAGACUGCUACACUCUGUGGUAACUGGCGCUCUGGGAAUUGAUCGAAUUUCUGUGCAUCAUGUCUGGUCAAAAUCUGCAGGGCCCUUCACAACCUCUUCCUCACUGCUGGUUUGUUCUUCUAAAGUUAUCUUACUAGAAGACAUCUCUACAAAACUGUAUCUGCUGGGAAUCGUUGAGGAGGUGACUAAUUUGGUGGUGCAAGAUGUGGAUGAAUGUGCAGCUCCGCAGCUCAACAGUUGUUCUCCACAUGCAAACUGCACGAAUACAGUAGGGUCUUAUAUAUGCACCUGCCCUCCUGGGUAUCACGACCUCAGUCCUUCACAGCCAGGAACAGUUUGCAUGGCCCCCAGUGUCAAUACACAACCUCCGCCACCAACCACCACCACCCCAUCCUGGACUACUCACUCUCAACCACCACCAACCACCACCAACCCAUCCUGGACUACUCACUCUCAACCACCACUAACCACCACCACCCCAUCCUGGACUACUCACUCUCAACCACCACCAACCACCGCCACCCCAUCCUGGACUACUCACUCUCUACCACCACCAACCACCACCACCCCAUCCUGGACUACUCACUCUCUACCACCACCAACCACCACCACCCCAUCCUGGACUACUCACUCUCUACCACCACCAACCACCACCACCCCAUCCUGGACUACUCACUCUCAACCACCACCAACCACCUCCACACCAUCCUGGACUACUCACUCUCAACCACCACCAACCACCUCCACACCAUCCUGGACUACUCACUCUCAACCACCACCAACCACCUCCACACCAUCCUGGACUACUCACUCUCAACCACCACCAACCACCUCCACACCAUCCUGGACUACUCACUCUCAACCACCACCAACCACCUCCACACCAUCCUGGACUACUCACUCUCAACCACCACCAACCACCUCCACACCAUCCUGGACUACUCACUCUCAACCACCACCAACCACCUCCACACCAUCCUGGACUACUCACUCUCAACCACCACCAACCACCUCCACACCAUCCUGGACUACUCACUCUCAACCACCACCAACCACCUCCACACCAUCCUGGACUACUCACUCUCAACCACCACCAACCACCUCCACACCAUCCUGGACUACUCACUCUCAACCACCACCAACCACCUCCACACCAUCCUGGACUACUCACUCUCAACCACCACCAACCACCUCCACACCAUCCUGGACUACUCACUCUCAACCACCACCAACCACCACCACCCCAUCCUGGACUACUCACUCUCAACCACCACCAACCACCUCCACACCAUCCUGGACUACUCACUCUCAACCACCACCAACCACCUCCACACCAUCCUGGACUACUCACUCUCAACCACCACCAACCACCACCACCCCAUCCUGGACUACUCACUCUCUACCACCACCAACCACCACCACCCCAUCCUGGACUACUCACUCUCUACCACCACCAACCACCACCACCCCAUCCUGGACUACUCACUCUCAACCACCACCAACCACCUCCACCCCAUCCUGGACUACUCACUCUCUACCACCACCAACCACCACCACCCCAUCCUGGACUACUCACUCUCAACCACCACCAACCACCUCCACCCCAUCCUGGACUACUCACUCUCUACCACCACCAACCACCACCACCCCAUCCUGGACUACUCACUCUUCACCAGACUCCACACCUGAGAUCAUCAGCAUCCUCUCUUAUAAUGUCACUGCAUCAUCCUUCCAUGUGGCAUGGACCACCAACAACCAGACCGGGGUCACCUUCCACCUGGUUCUCCUAAAUGGGAGCAAUGAGAUACAGAACUGGCAUGUGGAAAGCUAUAAUUGGACAUUCACAGACCUGAGUCCUGUGGUUCUUCAUACUGUACAUGUCACUCCAGUUGCCUGUGGUAAACAGGGAAACCCUGCAGAGAUCAAAGUGAGAACAGAUGGCCAGUCUCUUGGAGCUACAGCUCGCUUGAAAGGUGUGAAUUAUACAGAGGCCUUGAAAGACCCAACCAGUGAUGAAUAUAAGGAGUUCUGUGACAGUGUCAUAAAUGAGAUUCUUUUGUACUUGUCUCAAGGGAUACAUGCACUAGUCAUCUCUGGACAGGUCGUCAUCCAGAUAACAUCCCUCUCACCCGGCAGUGUAAUCGUGAACUUUUCCAUCAUAUUUCAACCCGACAGCAGCUUGAACAUAUUCAGCGUGUCCAGUGCUUUGAUGGGGUCUCUUCAGAACAGCUCCAUAUAUGUAGUAGACAGUAACAGUAUAUACAUAGCAGAUCCAGAUGAGUGUUUUCUGAAUAAGUCGGACUGCUCUCCAUGGGCUUACUGUAAUAACACUUUUGGCUCAUACAUCUGUGGCUGUUGGUCUGGAUACAAAGACUUGAAUCCCAGUAGACCAGGGCGCAGCUGUGAAGCUUCACCAACAACAGUGACUGUUCAUCCCACCACAAACUACCCUGGAGAUUCUACGGGCACUACAACAUCUUCCACCACCAUGUUUGGAAACCCAUCUAUGAGCAGUACAGUGAGCACAAUUCAUGUUCAGCACAACACAACAAUGUCUUCAACUUCCACAGCGACUAACGGACCAACAACAGUGAUGACCAACAUUCCUGCAACAACACUUGCACCUAUGACACAGAACUCUGUCAAAACUACAACUUCAGGUUAUCAGAGACCAAACAAUCCAUCACAUUUGAUCUCCAAUGUAACUGUUCAGUGCAUCCCGGGGUAUGUAACAGUCGUUAUAAGGCAAGAUGUCUUGCACAACAAUUACAUCCAAGAGAGUUCCCUGUACCUCGGUAAACCAGAAUGUGGUCUCAGUGGGGUAAAUGCAUCCCAUGUGUGGCUCACUACAUCUUGGGAGAUGUGUGGUACUAAAGUAACGCAUAACGGCACCCAUAAUUUAGCUAAUGUGACUCUAUAUAACAGCAUGAGCAAUGUUUCUUCUGUGCGUCUGGAAAUUCCUGUCAUUUGCUCUUACCCCAGAGGCAUCCUCAUCUCCACGGGAUACGCCCCCUCAGGGUUUUUUGACAUGAUCAAUGACCCAGUGGCAGGAUCGGGGAGUUUCCAGGUUACUGUGCGGCUGCUGAAUGGGACGAUUCCUUUACCUGACGAUUACACCCUCUCCCCUGAUGAUGAAAUCAUUGUAGAGGUUGGGGUCAACACUACUAUCUCCCAAAUCAAAGUUGUCAUCGAAAAGUGCUGGGCCACUUCCAGCAGCGACUCUUCAGAGCUUCCCUACUAUCUGUUUCAGGAUAGUGGGUGUCUGGUGACAAAUCCAUACACAGCUGUACUUCAGAACGGAAAUGACACUGUGGCUUUGCUAUCAGUGCAGAUAUUCAAAGUUGUAAAUCUCUACGUCAUCUACCUGCACUGCCAGAUCCAGAUCUGUGUUGAAAUUCAUGACGGCGCCUGCAGACCUGCUUGUACGAAGACAUACAGGUCUUCUAACGUAGGUGAAGGGACAAAGGCUUCCGUUGGACCCAUAAAGAGAAUACGCCCAAUCCAAACAGAAACAUCAAAUACUCUGCAGUCUGUUGGGUUUAUUCUGCUUGGUGUUGGUGUGUUUCUGUUUUCUCUGGCUGCCAUUGCAGGAUUGGUGUAUCAUAAAAGGAAAAUCGGCAACUACAACUUCCGUUGUAAACCACAGCAGGAGAACUUCACAUAUCAUGUUUUUGACACGUAACUGCACUCAAAUAGAAAAAAGUUGUAAACUGAUCAUUUUAUUAUUGGAUAUUAAUAAUAGGCACAGUAUAUAGAACAUU